GAAAUGAUUGGUUAAGGGGUCGCAUCGGAAAGCAACCGGAGUACCACGGCUAAUCAACCACCAUUUACCAGUCACCAAAUACCAAUAAUUCUUAAAUACUAAACAACACUGUAUCGCUUCCAUUUUAAGCUCACCCACCUCAGCAUUCAGCUUCUGCAUCUCUUCAUUCUCAUUCUAUUGUUUAGGUAUCGUAUCAAUCUUAUUUCCAUUCACUCCCUGCAAUUUGGUUUUCUUACUGUUACAGAUGCAAUGUAACUCGAUCUCUACUUUGCAUUUUGCAAGUUGACUUUGUCGAUGCUAAUAACUAAGGAAGACAUCUGCGGAGUUAGGGUGUUUCUGUUACUGUAAUGGCCUCUGAGAGGGAAAGUUUUGACCUCUCUGGACCCUUAUAUCUAACGCAUGUUGACUGGGAUAAUCCGAAUCAUCGAAAGUCAGUUGCUGCUAGUUUGGUCCAAGGUGUUUAUGUGCUAGAAAAGGAUAGACAAGAUCGACGCGAAGGGACAGAUGCUCUAGCAUCGCCUUGGUGGGUUUUCUUCAACUUUCAGUUACUCCACAAACUUGUGGAUGAUGUUGAUUCCUCUAUUUUUGGUGCAAUCUAUGAGUUCAAGCCUCCAUCAACUUACUGCAAUGUCACUCUUCAUAGAAGUCCACACUAUGUCAUUGCCUUCAGGGGAACCAUAACGAAGGCAGACUCAGUUUCGCGUGAUAUUGAGCUGGAUAUGCAUUUUGUGCGAAAUGGUCUUCAUCAAACUUCGCGCUAUGAAAUAGCUAUCCAAGCUGUUCGAAACAUGAUAGCUACUGUUGGUGAUUCAGGUAUCUGGUUGGCUGGUCACUCUUUAGGAUCGGCAGUGUCAUUGCUUUGUGGGAAAACCAUGGCCAAGAGUGGGAAUUUCAUUGAAUCAUUUCUUUUCAACCCUCCAUAUGUGUCUGCUCCAAUUGAGAGAAUAAAGGAUAAGAAAGUGAAGCAUGGGCUUAGAAUUGCUGGCAGUGUGAUAACAGCUGGACUCACCCUUGCUGUGAAAGCUAAGCAGAAGAAGAGUUUGUCAUCUGAUCCUUUUGCUGCUUUCUCUGCUUGGGUUCCAUGCUUGUUUGUGAAUCCAUCAGAUCAUAUAUGCUCUGAGUAUAUUGGAUACUUUGAACAUAGAAAAAAAAUGGAGGAGAUUGGUGCAGGGAGCAUUGAGAGGUUAGCCACACAAAACUCCCUUGGGUGUCUGCUGAUGGGUGCAUUUGGGAAGGAAUCUGAACCACUGCACCUCAUUCCUUCUGCUUCUGUUACAGUGAAUUUGACUCCUUCAAGAGAUUUCAAAGAUGCUCAUGGGAUUCACCAGUGGUGGAAACCUCACUUGCACCUUCAAUCCAAACUCUACAAAUACUAAUACUACUUUCUAGUUGCAACUUUUAUCUUUUUGGUUUUCCAUGUGAUGCGAGGUUAAAUGGAUAUCAAGCACAUAUCACGCUGUUAAUUAUUAGUUAUUGGACAUUGUAGAUAAACAGUAUUGUUUAUUUUUAGGAAUUGUUAGCUUUCCGGAAUCAAAUCUCAGCUUGGUUAUGUUUAUUAUUAUACCUUAUUCCUUUAUGCAUUUAGUAAUUAUGUAUACAGAUCGGCACAACUUAUUCUUUGUUAUUCAGGUAUUCCUGAUAGGAUACAUUUACAGUAUCUCAAGUUAGACUAUUUUGCAAAUGAAACACAAUUUCACAAUCCAAAUACCAAACUCAUCAAUUUUAUCCUCAAUUUUCACCGUUUGUCGGUUGUUAUGUAAUGGAAAUCACCUUACUACAAUUUUGAGUCACUUUCAUCUUAAGCAAAAAUGCUUAAUUCGUUUCCAAUUUUUCAACAACUCAUUCUCCAUCAGGCCCACAGGCCAUAGGCCCAAUCAUAAAUCAUCAGCCACAGAUACAAAAUGACACAUGGGCCAGGCUAAAAAGGCCAGGUCGCACCAUAAGCUAACGUGUUCCUCACCGUAUAUACAGCCUUCCCCUUCUGUGCUUAUCCGAUUGCAGAGUGUCCCCCAUUCGCAGUUUGACACGCAUCCAUCCAUAGACUUUAAUACCGGGAUGCUAAACCAACGUUUUACAUGGAAUCCCCAAACUACCCUCACCGCCUUCACAUAUAUAAAUAAAUAAAAUGGUCAGGUGAUCAAUGUUCAAGUGUGAAAAGGGAAAACAGUGAGAAUGAAGGACGCCGGAAAGAGUCACAAGGCGAAUGGGAAGCUGUCCUCGGAGGCGAGGAGAGACCGGAAAUCGGCGACGGGAAUCAGCGGAUCGCCCAAGAAGGGAGGCCACGGCGGAAAGUUCACGUGGAUCGGCGGCCAAGGCUACUCGCACGUCGAGAUUGGCCCGGAGGUUCUGGAUGCGAAGGAUCCAAACUUCGACGAUCCGGAGGACGUCGCCGCCGUGUGAUCGGCAACGUCGUGGCGCCUCAGCUGAGUCGGCAACGUCGACGGUGGUCAGAUCUGUAAAUAUCAACUUGAUCCGUGGAAAAUUAGAAAUAAAAUGAAACGUUCGAAUGGGUUUCGUGAUCGGAUUAUUGAUAUUCUAUGUCUGAGUUUGUGGUGGGAGUAACCAUGAUUUGUGUUAUUGUAAAUAUUUAUGGCGAAUUCCAUUAAUGAAAUUGUAGUGUAGUACCAGCAUCAGUGUCAGUUUCAGUCA